CGGCCACUUAAUGCAGGAACCCAUAUCCUAUCCUUUCAAAUUUCCCUAGGCUCUAGUGGUAUAAUUCAAGUGGCUUUCUGUAUACAUAUAUAGAGUAUAGUAUAGUUUUGGCCAACAAACGUAACAAAUUAAAAGCCAUCACCAACUAAACCAGGAGUAUCUAUGCGCACGGCUAUCCUUAUCAUCGUCAUCACAUCAGACCAUUUUGGUUUCACUCUCUACCUUAAGCAACCCCAUCCAACAUCAAGUAUGUUUCCGUUUUACAGUUACACUCGUCCUAACUCCCUCUCUGUCCGAAUCGUCUUCUUCCUCCUCGUCCUGGUCCUGAUGAUUCUUCCCGCCACCGGUAGUUCUGAUUCCACCAAACUCACGGUCGCCGUCGUCGAUGUUCUUCGCCCCAACCACACCUGGACCGGUCUCAUCGACGCCAGAAAGGGCACCCACGUCCACGGCAUGGCCGACCUCAAGCGAUACUUGCGCCGCUUUGGUUACCUCUCCGACCAGCCGCCACCGGAAAAUAGCAACUUUACGGAUUCUUUUGACGACGAAUUCGAAAGGGCUUUGAUUUCGUAUCAGAAGAAGUUGGGAUUGCCGGAGACAGGGGCACUCGACCAUGCUACUAUGAGGGCCAUCGCUUCGCCGAGAUGCGGGGUGCAAGAUUUUGAUUUUCAUUUUGAUCUUGCCCACGGGGGCGGGGGGAAGCUUAAGGCGACGACGCGCCGGUAUGCUUACUUCUACGGGCAUCCGAGGUGGGUCCGCCCUCCCCCAGUGGUGCUGACCUACGCCUUCUCGCCGGAUAACAUGAUCGAUUACGUAAGCCCGUUGGACCUAAGGGCGGCGUUCAGCCGGGCGUUUGCGCGGUGGUCGGACGUGAUUCCGGUCAACUUCACGGAGGCGGAGGAGUACUCGGCGGCGGAUAUAAAGAUAGGGUGGUACAGAGGGGACCACGGUGACGGGGAGGUGUUUGACGGGGUGCUGGGGGUGCUGGCGCACGCCUUCUCGCCGGAGAACGGGAGGUUGCACAUGGACGCGGCGGAGAGGUGGGCGGUGGACUGGAAGGCUGAGAAGUCGAAGGUGGCGGUGGACUUGGAGUCGGUGGCGACGCACGAGAUAGGGCACCUGUUGGGGCUGGCGCACUCGUCGGUCAAGGACGCCAUUAUGUACCCGAGCCUGAGUCCGAGGACCAGGAAGGUGGAGCUGCAGGUGGAUGACGUGGAGGGCAUCCAGGCGUUGUACGGCUCCAACCCGAACUACAGGUACGACGCCCGGGUCGAGUCUGAUAUAUCGUCCUCGUCCGGGCGCCGCCGGGUGGGACUGGGACUGGGACUGGGACUGAUCCUGGCGGCAGUGGCGGGCGGCGCUUUCUUCUCCUAGCUUGCUUGCUUGCUCCAAUCGGGAUCGGAAUCGGAUUCUUCGCCUACUGCCUAGCUAGCUCCUUUCAUAAUUUCAUUUCUGUGGUGUGUUUUUUUCUCUCUCGGUCGGGGACCUCGGCUCCCCCACCUCCGGCCUACCUGCCUGGCGGGCUCCUACAGUACCCAACCACGCGGACAGUUGGUGCUGCUGUGAAUUCUAUUCUUGUUGUAUAGUAUUUCUUGAUUGUUGGAGUUCGACGGGCGGGUGGCCGGGCGGACCCUAGUCUUAAAAGUCAUACCCGUGCUCACUGUUGAUUAAUCGCAUGUAUACAUACAUACAUACUCUUUAGACGAGGAAUUGAUGGACAUUCAUUUCGAUCGGUCGACGGCUGAUACUCAAGUUUCUCUUGAGUUUAUCUUGACAUUGAGAUGGCAUUUGCACACAAGUGAAGGAAUAUAAAAAACCGCGAUCAAGAAGGUAGUGUGCGUGCUGAGAGUCAAACAAUCUUCCUUGCAUCCAUGUAUUAUUUUCUCCAACGACAACAAGAAUAACGACCAGCAAGUUCUAUGUGCGAGCGAGAACUCUCCAUAGUUCCAGACUCAGUGGCAUCUACUUCUGUAUGUAUGUAUGUGUCUGUCGACGAUUUGCAGGGCGUGGUGGGGUUCAAGUGCAGGAUCCAAGUGUACAAAUAGAAGUGGACCAUAAAAGUAACGCAAUUCUGGUAUUCAAAAGCUUCUCCGGCAUGGGUGCUAACAUGAUCACAGGUAGGGCGUCUCAAACUAGAGUAUAUUGAAGAUGGAUAAGAUCAGAAUUUGAGAACCUGACCUGCAUAGAUACGAGCUGAUGAAGCAUAGCAGUAUCAGCUCCUUCAGAACGAGUCGCACCAGGCCCAAUCUCCUUGGAUAUCUUUCUUCAUCCAGCUGUGGAAUUUCCAUAUCAAGUACGUGUGUAACAAUUGUGUGCAGCGGUGUGGUGAUCCACAUUACUAUGGUACCAUUUUUUUUGCCGACUUCUCCAUUCAAUUAUAUGGGACAGUGAAAUUUGCAUUUGAUGUUCGAAUGUCUUUCAGAAAUCAUA